AUGCAGGGUAACUCCGUGCAAAGUGAGGAGCCGCAGAGUGCGGGGGUCACUCCGUGGAGAGAGGCUCCCCGGGGGGAAGUCACUCCGUGCCCGUGCCUGGGCCUUCCCCUCUCCGCCAGCCUGGAGCUCGGCCCGGCCCCUCCCCGCUGCCCAGGGUCGGUCCCUCACGGGGUUCCCCCUCCCUUUCUUUCUCCCUCACUCUUUCUCCUCCUACAGCAGAAGAAGCCUGCGGCGAAAGGUGGCAAGAAGAAGAAGCAGGUUCUGAAGUUCACGCUGGAUUGCACGCACCCCGUCGAGGAUGGCAUCAUGGACGCCGCCAACUUCGAGCAGUUCUUGCAGGAACGGAUCAAAGUGAACGGCAAAGCGGGAAACCUGGGCGGGGGCGUGGUGACCAUCGAGAGGAGCAAGAGCAAGAUCACGGUCACGUCAGAGGUGCCGUUCUCCAAGAGGUACCUCAAAUACCUGACCAAGAAGUACCUGAAAAAGAACAACCUGCGGGACUGGCUGCGCGUGGUGGCCAACAGCAAGGAAAGCUACGAGCUGCGCUACUUCCAGAUCAACCAGGAUGAGGAGGAGGAGGAGGAAGAAGAUUGAGCCCCACCGCCGCUGCUGACGGCCAUUUUGUACAGUUUCACUUUUCUGGAAUAAACAGCAGCAGAGUUGUUCAUA